CCCAAAGGAGGUCUGGUUGACAACUCGGCUCCGCGAUUCCUGGAACCGAUUCCUAACAAGACGGUCGUGGUCGGCAGGGAUGUGAUUCUACCCUGCUCCGUCGACAACCUCAAAGGGUAUAAGGUGGCCUGGGUGUUCGUCGAGACGCAGACCAUCCUGACCAUCCACCACACCAUCAUCACCAAAAACCCCCGCUUCUCCCUGGCUCGCAACGACCACAAGCACUGGUACCUCAAGAUCUCCGACGUCAGAUCCAGCGAUCGCGGUCAGUAUAUGUGCCAAGUGAACUCUGACCCGAUGAUCAACCAGGUCGGGUACCUCGAUGUGCAAGUCCCUCCUGACAUCAUCGACGAAGAAAGUAGCUCUGAAGUCACGGUGAAGGAAGGUCACGACGUCACCUUGGUCUGCCGCGCCAAGGGGUCUCCCAAGCCCGUCAUUUCCUGGAAGAGAGAGGACGGCGGGAGGAUCGACCUCAACAACGGCAUCAACUUGAGAGUCACCAACUCGGAGGUGCUGCACAUUCCCUCGGUGUCUCGCCUGCACAUGGGCGCCUACCUCUGCAUCGCCUCCAACGAAGUUCCUCCGUCGGUGUCCAAGAGGAUUAUGCUGAACGUCCAGUUCCAGCCUGUAUUGUGGAUUCCCAACCAGCUCGUUGGAGUGGCACUUGGCAUGUCUGUGACCCUCGAGUGCCACACAGAAGCCUUCCCUCGUUCGAUCAACUAUUGGACAGAUGACAAGGGGAAGAUGAUCCUAUCUAGUGGGAGGUUCGAUACAGUGGUCACGGAGAAUAGUUACAGGGCAUACAUGCGACUCAAGAUAAAGAACGUGCAGCCUGAAGAUUACAUGUCCUACGGUUGCUACGCGAAGAAUUCCCUCGGGGAGACCAACGGCAGCAUCAAAGUCUAUGAGAUUCCCCGAGAGCUGAUGGUGAACCCGCCAGAACCGGAACCGACUCAACCCGACGAGGACCAAGUUAAGUUAGGGCGUGAGAACCAAACCAAGAACUUGAGGCCAAAGGAGGACCAAGAGAGAGGUGGAGAGAGGAGGGGGGGGCGACAACACUCCAACGACGACGACGUGGUCUCCACCAUGACCGCCGACGGAUAUAUUGAGUUCGAUGUUCAGAAGCUACUUGGGAAGAGCAAUAGGAAAGACCCCGAGGAGAAGACCCGGCCCGACCGACGCGGCCAAGGGCACCGCUCGGGCAUCUCCGAAAACCACUCUCUCCACAACGCCCCUCCCACGUCUUCCUCUCCGCCCCGCCCACGUCCUGGCCACGCCCUCAACGCCGGCCUCGUUAGCGGUCUCCUGGCCGCGUGGUUGCUGCACGCCCUCGCCGCCGCCCGCCAGCGUGUGUGACGGACGUGAGGGUGAAGGAAGGCAAAAAGGAAAGAUGGAUGGAGAGGUGGAGAUAUAGACAGAGAGAGAAAGAGAGAGAAAAGAUAGAGAAUUUGUUGGAGAAAAAAAAGGAGGCAGAUAUGUGAUAGACGGAAAUAGGUAGAGUGAGUGAGAGAGAGAUAUACAGAGAUACACAUAAGUAGGACAUUAGAAAAGAGAGAAAAAAUGUGAUAUGUGAUAGUCGUGUUGACGUAAACCCACCGGCGGGUCGACCACGAACCGAUGCUGGGAGACAACUCCGCAAUUUUUGAAGAGAUUCUGUUACUGCGUGCUGCUGUGUUGCUACCAUUAUUACUACUAUUUAUCUUUCUAUCAUCAUAUGUUAGUGUUGUUGCUGCCACGUGCUAAAAGAUAAUGAUAAAAAAAUAUAUAUAUGAUAAAUUAAAAUAUUUACUGCUCUGAACACGUGCUGGUGUUGUUGUUGCCAUGUACUGAAACCUCUGGGCCAAGUGUUAGCAUGUGAAACCCUCUCGUGUUUUGAUAGGCCUACUUUUCCUGUCACGUGCUGUUAACGUCGCCCCGCCCUCUGGUGAGUGUUUAGCGCAAGCACCUCGCUAGAGUCUGCCGCCGCCCCGUGCUUAUGCAACAGAGCAAUAGGCUUGCAACAAGGACGACCGUUAACAGCACAGCGAAAGCGCGCGUGUGACGAUGAUGCAGAUGCUGUUACGUCGCUCGCGUGUGUGACGAGGAUACAGAUGUUACGUCGCUCGUCUCGUCGUAACUCCAACCCUCCUCUUUCCUGAUCCAAAGUCGCACACACACACCCAGCUGUAUCAUUCGCCUUCACGUAUUGCCUUCCCCUACACGUAAAUCAUUUCCUCGUGUCUUCCUCUAUACCUCCUCUUGGUUCGUCUGUUGCAAGCAGGCAGGCAGACGACUGGCACUGUAUGCCUUCCUUUUGCAUCGGGAGUCUCUGGAUGCCCAGCUGAGAAAAAGAUAAAAGUAUAUAUCAAACCAGCGAAAGAAGAUAAAAAUAAAGUCAUACUUCGUGUCCACUUCUGUAUAGUUGUAUAUACAUAUAUAUAUAUAUAUCUAUAUCCAUAGCAUC